UGUUGUUGUACUAGUGGCAAAAAGUCAUGUUGAGAUCUGAUUUCCGCUCAAGAGUACUAGAGUAAUUUCGCUAGAAGUAGAAUUAGAAGUACAGUUUGUUCGUUUGUUCAUCAACAGCAAUCGAUUUUUGAGUACAGUAGUUUCGAUAAAAGCAACACAAUUCGCGUCUAGUUGUGACGGUGCGUUAAUCGCGACAGAUUGAUAAACAGCUAGAAACAAGGAUUUAUGAAACAGGUGAAGUUGGCAAACAAGCGACAGUUGUCUUUAUUCAGCAGAAUGACGUGGAAGCUACGAUCCCGCUAUGAAUUCUCCCUGGCCCCCUCCCCAGGACUGUAGCUGUACGUCGACGACAAAGGACGAGCGGCGACCGACAACAUUAUUACAUGAUGAGCGACCCCCUGGACCACGUUGAGGCAGCAGCGGUCGCCCCCCCGGAGGGGUCGCAAGGUCAACAAAUUCAUCCGGGUGCGGCAGUUCUACACCCAGACGAAAUUGCUGCUGCCGUGGUUGUAUCAAGUGCAAAAAUGUCUGGGUCUGGAAGAAUGCAUGUUUGUCAUGCUUGUCUGGCAUGACUCUUAAAUCUGUCAUGCACUUUUACCCAACAGCUCCAUUUUUCUGUGAUGCAGAAACGCAGUUCGUCAUGCAGAAUAGGCAACACCUAGAAGCUCAGAUGAAACUUGUCAUGCUAAGCCAGCACUUGUAGUUGCCUCAUCAUGAGACGCCGCCCAGCAUCACAAGUUUCCAGACCCAGACAUUUUUGCAAUUCAUAGGUUGCUGAUGUGGAGUCCGACACUGAGUCGACGACGAGCUCCGUCUAUGCAAAGAAAAAAGUGUUACAGUACGUAUACACAUUGUGUAGUUCUUGCAAGACCGGUAAGACAGUAAACCUUUGUCAUGCACGAACUGCUUUCGAAUUCGAGGCUUGUUUCAUAUUCACGCGUGUUCUUUUACCAUCUCUGAAUGGCAAGUUUUCUCUGUCAUGCAGAGAUGAAAAUUUGUGUCUCUACUGCAUGUUGUAAUUACAACAAAUGUGUACCUACCUGUAAAUGCACGUUUUUCGCGGGAUACUGUCGUGGACCAAAAUUCCCUACAAGUGGAUAUGAACUGCAAAAGUAUCGUACUCGUAUAAAUGCAAUACAAAUUUUCCCAGCAUGAGAAAUGAAAUUUGUAAUGCUGAUUUACCUUAAAAGAAGGAUUUGUAAUGCAAGACUUGCAUUUAUACGAAUACGAUACUUUUGCACAGGAUAGUGGACCACCACCAACAACUUCAUGUCCCCAUUAUCAAAUGCAAAAAUGUUUGGGUCUGGAAACUUGUGAUGCUGAACUGCGCAUGAUUGAAGCGCUUCCAAUGGCAGCCAAGCAUGACAAGUUUUUGAGAGGCCUGCUGAUGCCUAGCACGCAUUACAAAUUGCGUUUUUGCAUGACAAAGAAAGCCUCUGUUUUGCUGCUCAUGCAACACAGAUUUUCCACGAAUGCAUGACACGCAUUACAAGUUCCACUUUUCCAGACCCAGACAUUUUUACAUUUGAUACCCAUUCUCGGUGGCGUACAAGGCAACAGCCACUCUCUCAACGACACACUGGCGCAGUCCCGCAUCGACACGGCGCGAUUGCUGGGAAGCCGCGGCUUCGUGUUCCCCCCAGCACCAGGAACAUCAAAUGGGGCAACUGCCAACGUGGUGGACGCAGGACCCGGAGGCGCAAAUUUGGCCGGGAAUGGCGGGUCCGGGGCACCCACGCCGUUUGGGGCCAACGAUUAUCGUUUUUUCGCGAAUAAUUCCGCAAUGACCCACCUAUUACCGGAGCACAUUGAGGACGAUUUUUUGCGGUUGCAGGCUAUGCGAAGAAAAAUCUGUUUCACUGUGGUGAUUUUGCAAGAUCUGCAUCACAACUUUGUUACACAUGACAAAGAAAUAAACUUGGCAUGCGUGCUUCCUAAAAAGGGAAAUAAACACAACUAGAAAUAGAAUGUGUUUCAUGUGUAGCAAGACAAACACAUUUGCGUUGCGUUCUAUCAUGCAUCACGAAGUUUACAGUGAAACAGUUUUUUCUUCCCGCGAUACAGGCGGAACAGAAAAUUUUAGAGACCGUGAUGCGCGAGAACAGGCGGCUUGAGGACGAAAUGCUGUUCUAUCGGGACAGAACCAAGGAUCUACUGGAACGGGAGAAAACGUAUGUUAAUGUGAUUCUGUUUCCACCUUUGAGAAGGUUCAAAGACCAAGCUUUGAAUUUCGCUUAUAUGGUGCUGAUGCUGUGCUGCUGUGUAAGACAGGACAUGUCAUGUUGUCUCGCAUCGUGGUCCACCAACCGCGCGACAACGACAAACACACAUGACGAAAUAAAUCAGGCUUCGCAUUUCCCAGAUGGAAAACCAAUCGAAGGCGGAAGCGCUGGAAUCGUCCCGGGACCAGGUGUAUCCAAUGUAAAUAUCGUCCUUGAAUCUAGUCGGGAAACUUGUAAAGUGCUCAGUUGCAAGCCCAGCAUGAGAAAUUUAAUAUUCGCGCGGCUUCAAACAUAUUCUUGUUUUGCUUUCCGCAUAUGAAACUGCGUUUUUGCAUGACAAGAAAACGGUCAACAUCCCUUCUUGGACACGCAACACAAACUCUUCAGUCAUGCGAGACACACACGCCAGCGUGAGUACAAACAUUUUAUCCUUCGAGACCACCCAGAUCGGUAUUUGCAAUGCAUAAGGUUGCCGACAACUACGGCAAAAAGCUCUUCAAGCUGGAGCGGCAUUAUCAAAUGCAAAUAUGUCUGGGUCUGGAAAAGUGCAACGUUUGUCAUGCACGUUUUGCAUGACGCGUGAGGUCUGUGAUGCAUGCCCUAGCAUCACAGAUUCUGUGAGAUCUUUUCCAUGCCUUUUCCGCAUGGAUGAGAAACUGCCUCUCGGCCUUCUUAAAAAUAAAAGUGAACAGCUUUAUUGGUAAUCACGCAACACAGAUUUUUGCAUGCUUCAGAUUUAGCAUGACAAGUUGUACUCUUCCAGACCCAGACACUUUUACACUUGAUAGGCAUUUGGCGAAGACGAAAUUCGAAAACAAGCAACUGAAAACCGAGAUGGUAAUUGCGCAACAGCAUGUGUUAUCCUGUGCAAAAGUAUCGCACUCGUAUACGUAUUGCAAUCAUGCAUUAUCUUGAGGUAGAUCAGCAUUUUACAAAUUUCAUUUCUCACGCUGAGGAAAUUUGUAAAUGCAUUUAUACGAGUGCGAUACCUUUGCAGUGGAUACGUGUAUGAGCAGCAGGAGUUUUUUGAAAAGCACAUGACCAGCAUGGAGGAGGCGCAGGAAAGAGAAAGCAAGGACAAGAAAUAUCCUAAGCAAAAACGUCCCCACCCCAUAGUCAAGUUGGGAAUCUAGCAACACAAAUCUCCAAGCUUUGGGGACUGUACAUGACAAGUUUCCCUCUGCAGUGUAGUUCUGAUUGGCAAGAUGAGCCGCAUGAGAAAGCCACUUUCACAUCCUGUUUACAGCAUUACAAAUUCCAAAACACGAUUGGAAAUCGCUCUCGUGGACGAGCUGCGCAUUCCAAAUGUUCCUGUUACUGCGCAUUUGCAUGACAACUCUGGUGUGGGGACGUUUUUACUCAGGACAAAAAACUUCUGAAGGAGCAAGCGGAGAAGGCGGAGCAAGAAAAGCAGAAGCUCGACGCGGAAAAACAAGUUCUCUCCACUGACCUCGUUCUGAUCGACAAGAAAAAGAAGGAGGAAAUCCUAGCGAUGAAAAAGGACUGCGUAUCAAAGUGAAAAUUCCCCACCCCAUAUUCAAAAGACAACUUGUGUUGCUGGAUUUCUGUACACAAAUGAACUUUGUACUGCAGCAAGAGCUUGCGCUUGUCGGCAUAUUCUAUCUGAGCCCAUUUGGGUACGCAUCCGGCAAGCAGCUGAGCAUGCGAAACAAGUCUGACAUGGGCGAAAUCGCAUGACAGACUCGCUGCACAAUGCGCCGCAUGGGUGCCGUUUGCCUUGUACGCAAGACAAAGCUGAUUCGUGGUCACAAAUCAGCAUCACAAAUUUCCUUUUCGAUAUGGGCAGGGGGGAUUUUUCCUUACGAUACUGCGAGGACCGGCUAGAGACCUUGACCAAGGAACUCACCGCCGAAAAGACGGCAGAGCUCGAAACCCUGAAAGCAGAACUCACAUUAUGCUAUGUAAAAACGUCGCCACGAACCCAUAGUCAAGUUGGGGAAUCGGCUAGACAAAUCCACAAGUUUUGGCUGUUUUGCAUGACAGAUUUGGAGUCGUAGUGUAGUGCUAUUUGCGGUAGUUUAGCAGCGUCACAGAUCUGGGCCAUCAUACUGAUUGGAGCAUGACAAAUUCCAAAACACGACUAGAAAGCGCUUCGCAUGGGGCUCCGGAUGAGAAACAUGCUUAGCAUGCAGAUUUGCAUCGCAACUACCAACUAUGGGAUGGCGACGUUUUUAAAUACGAUACAUACACAAACUCGCAGAAGAGACCACUCGAGCGGAAGCGCAGCUCGCGGAGGCGGAGCAGGCACACGCGGCCCACCUCGAGAAGUUGACAACGGAACACGAGCAAGCCAAGCAGGAGGGGAUCGAAGCAGCGCAGGCGCAGUGCGAGGAGCGGUUGGCCGGGGAAAGGGAGGUAUUCAGAAGAGAAAAGGAGAAACUGCAAGAAGACCUGAUCGAGGAAAAACAGAACGCAGACAUAAAAAUCAACGCACUGCAAGUGGAACUGACCGAGAAGAAUCAGAAUUUUGACCAAGCGUCCAUCGAAGUCGAGCAACAGAUGCUACAGUUCCAAGAAUAUUAAAUGCAACAGCAUCGUACUAGUAUACUACAAAUCGCAUGACAAAUCUCCUCAGCAUGAGAAAUAGAAUUUUGUAAUGCGGACUCAACUUGAGAAAGAAACUUGUAAUGCAUGAAUGCGAUUAGAAGUACGACUACGAUACUUUUGCACAGGAUAAAGAACAGGUGCAGCAGUUGCAGGACGAGAAGCAGUUUUUGCAAACGGACUUUGACCAGUUGAAGUUAGACUUGGAAAAAGUAGCAAAUGCAAAAAUGUCUGGGUCUGGGAGAUUGCGAUAUAUGUCAUGCCAGUCUGGCAUGACUCUGAACUCUGUGUUGCAUGGCCGCGAAGAGCUCCGCCUCCCUGUCAUGCAAAAACGCAGUUUGUCAUGCGGAAUAAUACGCAACUCAGAACCAUGAAACAAAUUUGUCAUGCUUGGCAGCGCAUCACAGUGAAUUCACUAUUCCCUUUCUUGCGUCACAAGUUUCCAGACCCAGAUCGAUAUUUGCAAUGCAUAGAAAGCCGAGUCCGACAAUGCGCAGGAAAAGAUUCUGUUGGAGAACGAGUUUGAGCAAAAGCUGGAGCGGUCCCUGGGCGAGGAGCGGAAAAAGCUGGAACAAAAGGUAUGACCUGCUCAAACGUUACAAUCUCAAACGUUACAAUAGAAUCUGGAUUUUGUCUUGCAUGAAGAGCAUGAGGAACGUAUGUGGAGUUGCGCCUUUCGCAAUACAAAUUUUGCCGGAUAUCGAUGGGGUUUUAGGUGCCGAAACUUGUUGUAAUGCGCAAACCUAUGGGAAUACGGUAGAUCAUGCACUUCCUGCAUCACAGAUUUCCAUAUUCUAUUCGUAACGUUUGAGAUUGUAACAGCUGAGCAAGUUAUAAAAGGUAAGCCAGAUUGAGUCGGAGUUCAUGCAGCAGUUUGAGAUGAAAGAGCAUAUGAACUGCAAAAGUAUCGUACUCGUAUAAACGCAUUACAAAUUUCCUGAGCAUGAGAAAUCAAAUUUGUAAUGCGGAUAUACGUUUAGAAAAAAAUUUGUAAUGCAUGAUUGCAAUUACUACGAGUGCGAUACUUUUGCACAGGAUAGAGCAGGAAGCGCUGGACCUGCAGAAGGAGCUGGAUUUGGUCAACAAGGAGUGCAACGAGCUGAAGGAAAAGGUCGAUAGCAUGGAGGUCGACAAAACGAAAGAGUUCACCCAUAUGGAAGUGUCAGGAUUGAAAUCGUCAAAGUUGAAAAGAUUUGUAAUGCAUAAAACCGAUACCAGAUGGAAGCCCACUUAUCAAGCGCCGCGUGACAAAUUUUCCGAGCACGGGAAUCAAUCCAAGUUUUCAUGCUGUUUCGGCACAGGAGACAGCUUUUGUCAUGCUACUUUAGCAGCUCUGUCCCAAACCCUAGACAGGCUCACAAUCGGCCUCACUUGCCAUCCCUGCAACACAGGCACCUCAUGCUUUGCAUUUUAUGCAUUGCAAGUUAUUUCAACUUUGUUGAUUUCAAACCUGACGCUUCCAUAGCCCAGGAAGACCUCGAAAAGCGGAUCGCGGAGGAAAAAGAACAGUGGGAAAUUAUCCCGAGCAAAAACGUCUCCACCCCAUACCCAUUUUGUGAAAAUAGCGAAGUUUCUCUGUGCUUUAUUUUGGUCUUUUCCAGUACAUAAACAAACACAAAGUCAAGAUAGGGAAUCUUCUGUUAGACAAAUCCGCAAGUUUUGGCUGUCGCGCAUGACAAGUUUGGGCUCGUAGUGUUAGUCGUAGUCCUAUUGUGAUUUAGCUAGUGCAACCGCGUCACAACUCGGUCACCUUAUUCUGAUUCCAGCAUGACAAAGUCCCUAAUAGCAUUAGAGAAUAGUCCUCAUGGGGCUGCGCACGAGAAAUGUUUUAGACUUGCAAACUUGCAUGACAACUCUGGGAUGGGGACGUUUUUCCACAGGAUAGAAAUGAGUCGGGCCAUGGAGGACCAGGCGAAGCGGGACAACCUCGAGCACCUGGAACUGAAGCACAGCGGCGAGAUUCACCAGCUGCAGCAAGAAUUGCAGCGCGCGAAGGAGUAUCAAAUGCAAACCAUGUCUGGGUCUGGAAGGAUGCAGAGUUCUUUGUCAUGCUUCGAUCUGGCAUGACUGAGGAGUAUGGUGAUGCGUGUCCCAAGAAGAGACCCAUGCUCGUGCCAUGCAAAAAGAAACGCAGUUUGUCAUGCGGAAGCCGGAACAUAUAGGCACGAAAAUUGUACUUCCCAUGCGUGGCUGUGCAUUACAGAGCACUCACUAAUAUUUCCAACUCAGCAUUACAAGUUUCCAGACCCAGACAUAGAUAUUUGCAAUGCAUAAGGAGGAAGGGGCCGCGAAAGUGUCGCAGUUGGAGCAGCAAUAUCCUGUGCAAAAGUAUCGUACUCGUAUAUAGUGCAAGCCUUGCAUGACAAAUCUUUUUCUUAAGGUAAAUCCACAUUACAAAUUUUAUUUCUCAUGCUGAAAAUUUGUAAUGCAUUUGUACGAGUGCGAUACUUUUGCAAUUCAUAAGCAACUCGAUUCCCUGCGCCACGAGCGGGAAGCGCAGGAGAGGGCGUGGCAAGCGGAUGCCCAAGCGUCGCUCGAGCGAGAGGUGGCUGCGGAAGUUGCGAAGGUGAAUCAACAGCACGAGGAACUCCUCACACGAACUCUGGCCGAAGAACGAGAGCAGACGCAGCAGCGCGUCACCGCCUAUGCAUUGCAAGAGUAUCGUACUCGUAUAAAUGCAUUACAAAUUUCCUCAGCAUGAGAAAGAAAAUUUGUAGUGCUCAUGUACGCUAAGGAAACGCAUGAUUGCAAUACGAGUCCGAUACUUUUGCACAGGAUACCGCCGAGCUGACGGAAAAACUCGACGCAGAGCUAAACGAGAAGCAGCAGCAGCUGACGCUAUCGCACGAAAAAAGUGUUACAGUUACACAUUGUGUUGCAAGACCGGCAACACAGACAACCUUUCUCAUGCAGGAAAUGCUUGGGAAUGGGAGCCUCGUUUCCUUCCUGUUUUCCCUUAUGAUCUUCGCAUUACAAGUUUUCUCUGCCACACAGAGAAAAUUUGUGAUGCAGAAACUCCAACAAAUGUGUGACUGUAACACUUUUUUCUCAUGAUAGACGCAGGCAGUGCAGUACUACGAACUGGCCUACAACCAGAAUCUUAUCAAAUGUAAAAAUGUCUGGGUCUGGAAAGUUGGAACUUGUGAUGCUAACUUUGGACUCUAAAAAAAUCUGUAUUGCAUGACCAGCAAGAGGAGCCACAUUUGUGCUACGCGAGGAGGGCAUUUGUCAUGCGGAAAUGGCAUCAGGAAGCUUUCCAAAAAUCUGUGAUGCUGGGUCAUGCAUUACAAGCAUCAUGGGCCAUGCCAGACAAGCAUGACAAGCCUUCCAUUCUUCCAGACCCAGACAUUUUUACACUUGAUAAAUCUGGAGCUGCAGCAAAAGCUGCAGGAAGCGACGGAGGGUUCGGAAAAGCAAAAAUUGGAUACGGAAACAACGGUGCGCGAACUGACAGCACAGUGCGAGCGGGAGAAGCAGGACUUGGAAGUAUUACAAUGAAAAAUGCCCCCGCCCCCGAACUUGGGAGGAUUUGUAUUGCAAACCUUUCCAAAUGAAACAUUCGCCCUCUUGCAUCUAUCAGCAUCACAGGUUUCCAAUCGUGAAUAGCAAAAAUUUGUCUUGCAAAAGAUCCCAGCAAGAGCGGCGCCUGUCAUGGAAGCGAUGCGAUACACACCUAGACUCUGCAUCAGAAAGAUUCAUACUCCUUUCAUGCAUGACAAAACGUUUUUAUUUGGAAACUUCGCAUCACAAAUUUUUGCAAUUUCAGGGGUGGGGGCGGGCAUUUUUCAUUGUAAUAGGAAGCAAGGCUGCGGCACGAGCUGGGGGAGAAACACGCCGAGCAGCUCGAAAAACAUACCAAAUGCAAAAAUGUCUGGGUCUGGAAACUUGUAAUGCUAAACGUGAAUGGAAGACGCACUGCAGUGCGCAGCUAUGCAUGACAACUUUUUUGGCUGCCAUGUCUUACGUAUUACGCAUGGCAAACUGCGUUUUUGCAUGACAGGCAAGAGGGCCUUUUCGCGCCUAUGCAACACAGAUUCUCGAGCCAUGCCAGACAAGCAUGACAAACUUCCAUUCUUCCAGACCCAGACAUAUUUCCAUUUGAUAAAACAGGCCCAGGAACAACAAAUCGCCCUCCAAGAACAGCAACGGCGUGAUGCGGAAGCAACGAGGGCUAGUGCCACGACUCUAACUCCCGAGCAGCGACAGGAGCUGGAGGCGGAGCUGCGUGCGGACUUUGAACAGCGCACAGACGCUAUUCGGGCCGAAGAGAGGGAACGGGUCGAAAAAGAAGUCGAAGCGAGGGUGCGCGAGGAAGUGGAAAAUAGUACAAUGCGGACGCGGCAGGCCGAAGAGCUUGAGGCACUACAGCAGAAGUUGCACCAUGCGGAGCACAUGCAGCACAUGCUGGAAGGCGAAAAGCACGAGUUGUUGGAGAAAUUUGAACGACAAAACGCGGAAAGCCUGUCACCCAACAGCAAGCAGGAAUCUUUGUUGCAAACUCUGCAGCAGCAGUUCGACCAGGAGAAGGACGAGCUGCUGAAGCAGGCACAGUAUCCUGUGCAAAAGUAUCUGGUACUCGUAUUGCAAUCAUGCAUAUACAAAUCUUGGUCUUAAGGUAAAUCAGCAUUACAAAUUUUAUUUCGCAUGCUGAGGGAAUCUGUCGUGCGAUUUCUACUAGUACGAUACUUUUGCAAUGCAUACGCAGCGGGACUUGCUCGUGAGGGAAGAAGAAUGCGAGAAGAAACUCGAGGACCUCCGACGGCAAUUUUCGGAGGAAAUGAGUGCGAUAACCAAAAAUGCUGGCCAGCAGCAGGACGCUGACCGCCUCGCGGACAACCAAGAAACCUUGGCCAGGGUUCAAAGAGAAAACGCCGUCUUGGUGGAGCAGAAGGAACAGCUCGAGACCGCGUUGCGCGACCUGGAAGGCUCCGCCGAGGCUAGAAUUGCGGCCGUCGAGAAGGAAAAAGAGGAAGCGAUUCGGGUCGCGAAAAACCGGAGCCCGGCACGGGAUGAAAGUGGUGCCUCGGCCGGUAUCGCAAGGAAAAACCUUCCCUCCCCAUACUCAACCGGAGAUUUGUGUAGCAUGAUUUGUGACCACAAAUCCUUUUGUCAUGCUAGAGGGGAAGAGAUGCGUACUGUAGUGCUAGCAUGCGUAGGAAAGCCUAGCGUCUUCAGCAUGACAGGAAGCAACCGGAAACGGGAAACAGCAUGACCAAUUGCCUACAAACGAGGGAGCAACUGCGUCUCUUGGCCUUUUAGCAAUACAAGUCGAUAUGUGUACUCAACUACAGCAACACAAAAUUUGUUUUCGAUAUCGGGAGGGGGGAUUUUUCCUCACAAUAGCCGGACUGGCUGCUGCUUCUAGCAGCACUUCCAACCCCUCCGUUAUUGCGCAAUUGGAGCAGCAGCUGCAGGAGCAAGAGCAGGAGAAUAUGCAUUGCAAAUAUCGAUCUGGGUCUGGAAGAUUAAAACUUGUCAUGCUAAAAUUUGAACGAUGCAAAAAUCUGUGUUGCGUAAGUACCAAAAGCUGUCCGGUUUUGACCAAGUCGAGAGGGAGUUUCUGACGCAGGAAAGGCAGGAUAGAAACCUCAAAGAAUCUGUCAUGCUGGAUCUCGCAUUCCAGACAUCAUGGGCCAUGGAAAACCUGCAUGACAAGUCUUGCAACGUUCCAGACAUCCAGGGAUAAUAUUUGCUUUUGAUAGAGAACCAGAAGCUGCGAACUGCAGCGAAAACGCUAUUGGAUAUCAAAGUGAAAAAAGCCCCCGCCACAUAUUGAAAAGAUAAUUUGUGUUGCUGGAUUUGUGUACACAAAGGAACUCUGUAUUGCAGCAAGAGCUUGUCUGCAUAUUCUAAGCCCAUUUGGGUACUACACAUCCCGCUAGUAGCUGAGCAUGCGAAACAAGUCUGACAUAGGCGAAAACGCAUGACAGACUCGCGGCACAAUGCGCCACAUGGUUGCCGUUUGCCUAAUGUACGCAAGACAAACCUGAUCUGUGGUCACAAAUCAGCAUCAGAAAUUUCCUUUUCGAUAUGGGGAGGGGGGAUUUUUCCUCGCGAUAUUGGAGGAGAACGACGAGCUGAAAGAGCGGGAGCUUCCCGACAACGAACAGAUCCAAAAGCUGUACCAUCGCAACAAAUCAAAGCAGGAGGAGAUCGAACUGCUUCGGCUCACGAUCCAGACCAAAGAAGAGGCCCUGCAAUUAACGCUGGAAGAAACGACAAAGUUGCAGUAUGCCUCGCUCAGACCGAUUUUAUAAAAAUCUCAACUGUUGUUCCAUACAUAGAAUCUGGAUUUUGUCAUCUCGCAUGAGCAGCAUGAGUACUAAACAUAUUAGAGAGUCACGACCACCUUGCGCUCAUUUAUUCCGCAAUACAAAUUCAUUGAGCCGAAUAUUUUUAUCCGGCAGUUCUUUGGAGCCCUCGAGCUUGUCAUGCGCAAUUACUUAUCCUGUGCUGGCGGUAGGCUAGAUCGCGCGCUUCUAUUAUUUUGCAUCUUCACAGACCUCCACUUCUAUGUCUAGAUAGUCUGUAACGUUCGAGAAGAUUGUUGUAACAUCACUUCUGAGCAGGGUAUAUGCAACCGAAGCUCGAGGAGCUGGAAACCGAGAAGAAAACGAACGAGGCGAAAAUCGCGCAACUGCGACGCGUAUGCAUUGCAAAUAUGUCUGAGUCUGGAAGGGUGGAACUUGUCCUGCUAAAUCCGAAUCAUGCAAAAAUCUGUGUUGCAUGAGUGCCAAAAGCUGUCCACUGUCAACCAAGUUGGGAGGGAGUUUCUCAUGCAGGAUAGGCAUGACAAAGCGAAAGACCUCACAGAGUCUGUGUCAUGCUAGGUCCCGCAUUCCAGACGAGGCCUCAUUGGUCAUGGAAAACCUGCAUGACAAGUUUAGACUCUUCCAGACCGAGACACAUUUGCAUUUCAUAACGCGAGUACGCAGAUCUGCUGGAGUCUGUAUCCAGUGCAAAAGUUGUAUCGUGCUCGUACUCAACAUUGCAUUCAUGCAUUACAAAUCUAGUUGUUACAGUAAUAAAUCCGCAUUACAAAUUCCAAUCUGUAAUGCUGAGCCAAUUUGUAUUGCGGUGAAAGAAUACUAGUACGAUAGUACUUCUGCAAAUCAUAGUCUGUGCAAGGAAGCAACACGACCUCGACGGACGGAGGACAGACUGCACAGCAGGGUGGUACUAUAGUGAGUAUCAAAGUAUGUGUGUGCAAUGAAGCACUUCUAUAGAUACUCUUUGUGAUGACGACGGGUUACAUGGUGGAAGAGAAUGAAUAUCGAUAUUUAUUAUUUUGCAACGAAAUUCCGACUACGUUUUUAAUAUUUUAUUAUCGAAAUAAAAAUCCAGACCUCGUCCAGGAGACGCUGGCGUUUCAACUCCGCAACAAGUCUAUCAAAUGUAAAAAUGUCUGGGUCUGGAAGAAUGCAACUUGUGAUGCUAAAUCUGAAGCAUGCAAAAAUCUGUGUUGCAUGAUUACCAAAAGUCGUCCAGUUUUGACCAAGUCGGGCGGGAGUUUCUCAUGCAGGAUAGGCACGAUAGAGAUCGCACAGAAUCUGUCAUGCUAGAUGCUGUAUUCCAGACCUCGUGGGUCAUGGAAAACCUGCACUACAAAUCGCGCACUCUUCCAGACCCAGACAUUUUUGGAUUUGAUAAAGUCCAAGGAACUCGAGCACAUGGAAAAACUGAACAAGAACACGAUCGACAAGCAGUAUAUGCAUUGCAAACAUCGAUCUGGGUCUGGAAGGUAGUUGCUCCUGCCCCUGCUCAGUACAACGCAGAAUGUGUACUAUCUCACCCCUCACCAUUGUGAAGGAUGGAGAUUGAUGCAAGUCCUGGGUGGAGCAAUGCAUAGGUUGUGAAGGAUGCAGGUGCAUAGCGCUGCCUCCUUGUUUUGUCGUGCACCACAAACUGGAAUUUUAGCUCACGCACGACUUGCAGUUGCACAGCCGCUCGGAGUAAAUUAUUUUUCACGCGUGGCUGCGUCCUGAAGUCAGCUUUUCAUGUAAGAACAGCAUCACAAGUUUCCAGACCAGAGACAGAGAGUUUAUUGCAGUGGAUACAGUAUGUAACGAACAUUCUGCUGAAAUUCAUUAACGCCGACCCGGAUACGGACACCGAGACGCGUAUGGAAGCGUCAGGAUUGAAAUCAUCAAAGUUGAAAUAAGUAGUUUGUGAUGCAUAAAAUGCUAGACGCAAAGUGCCUUUCUUGCCGAGCAGGCAACUGAGGCCGAUUAUAAGCCUGCGUGGGGUCGUCGUGUGAGAUAAAGCUGCUAAAAUAGCAUGACAAAAGCAGUCUUCUCUGCUCAAACAGCAUGACAAACUGGAUUUCCAUGCUGCCUUUUUUUUGUCAUGCGCCACUUGCAAACUGGGCUCCAGCUGGUAUCGCUUUUUUGCAUUACAGAGUAUUUCAACUUUGACGAUUUCGAUCCUGACACCCUGAUAACGGGACUGGAGAUGGGCCGUUUGCUAGCGGAGUCGUUGGAUUGGGACCGGGCAAAGUUCGCAAACCUGCUAAAGGUAUGCAAAAAAAAAAUUGUUUCACUGUGAACUUGUGAUGCAGAAAUAAAUGGAACACAGAACUAUUUGUCUUGCUACACGACCUGCAUAGAGCAUUGGAGUUUCAAGUGUGUUUUUCCCUAUGGGAAAUGCGCGCAAGGUAGGUCUUCAGUGUCAUGUGUAACAAACUUGUGAUGCAGAUCUUGCAAAAGCAUCACGUUGAAACAGUUUUUUCGUACGAUAAGAGGCGACGGGGUCCUACUGA